AGCAGUGUGUCGUCCGCUUAGUGACAAAUUUGCCAGCGCCCAAAAAUUCGUCAGUCGAGAAAAUCUACAAUGGCUUCGCCAACGUCGUCCGCUGCUACCUCAGCUGCUACGACCCCGAGUGGGUCACCUUCGUCUACAAGACGACUGAUAAAGCCAGAUACUCCACCGCCACCUUACAGUGAGAAAGCCAAAUAUGAGGGGAACCGUCUGCUGCCUGUUCCGGAAGGAACCAUCACCGUUCAAGUUGAAAGGGACUAUCCAACGACAAAAACACCGAUCGACGAUCCAUGGGCACUGCCAGAGUUGCAAGAUACAGAUGUGAAAUGGGCAGACCUUGACACCUUUGGGAAGGUGAAACGUGUGGUGGUGAAUGCCACAAAGAUCGCCCUGCUGAUCCUGACCAUGUACCUGUUCAUCUGUUCCCUGGACUUCCUGAGCUCUGCCUUCCGUUUGCUCGGCGGCAAGGCCGCGGGAAAGGCGUUCUCCGACAACGCUCUGCUGCAGAACCCCAUCGCCGGCCUGAUGAUCGGUGUCCUGGCUACUGUUCUGGUCCAGAGCUCCAGCACGUCCACAUCCAUUGUUGUCACCAUGGUCGCCUCCGGACUUCUUGACGUGAGGCCGGCCAUUCCCAUCAUCAUGGGUGCCAACAUCGGGACGUCCGUCACCAACACCAUCGUGUCCAUGGCCCAGGCCUCGGAGCGCAACGAGUUCCGCCGUGCCUUCGGCGGGGCCACCGUCCACGACAUGUUCAACUGGCUGACCGUGCUGGUCUUCCUCCCCAUCGAGGUGGCCACUGGUUACCUGUACCACCUCUCCCACUACAUCGUGAAGAGCUUCAACCUUGAGACCAAAGACAUGAAGCAGGAGUUCCUCAAGGUCCUCACCAAGCCCUUCACCAAACUUGUGAUUCAGAUUGACAAGAAGGUGAUUUCCAAGAUUGCCACAGGCGACGAGAAGGCCUACGAGAAGAGCCUGAUCAAGGAGUGGUGCGAGAAGGAGCAGAACCUGGUCACCAAGAACGUCACCCAGCUGAUGAACGUCACCGUGCUGGAGAACGGCGUCAACGUCACGCGGGAGAUGAACGUGACGCGGGAGAUCGAAGAGGAAGUCACCGUGAACAUCAAGAAAUGUUCGUUCCUGUUCCAAGACACUGGUCUGAACGACACUGCAGUGGGUAUCAUCCUCCUGGUGGUGGCCCUCAUCAUGCUCUGCGUCUGCCUCGUCACCAUUGUCAAGAUCCUCAACUCCAUGCUGCGCGGGCGCGUUGCCAAGAUCGUGAAGAAGACCAUCAACGCGGAGUUCCCCGGGAAGCUGUCGUUCCUAGCGGGUUACCUGGCCAUCCUGGUCGGCGCGGGCCUGACCAUCCUGGUGCAGAGCAGCUCCAUCUUCACCUCCACCAUGACCCCGCUGGUCGGGAUUGGCGUCAUCAGCAUCGAGCGCAUGUACCCCCUCACCCUGGGCUCCAACAUCGGUACCACCACCACCGGCCUGCUGGCUGCCUUCGCCAACUCCGGCGCCAAGCUCGAGAAGGGCCUACAGAUCGCCAUCUGCCACUUGUUCUUCAACCUCAGCGGUAUCAUGGUCUUCUACCCCCUUCCCUUCCUACGUUUCCCUAUCAAGAUGGCAAAAUGGUUGGGUAACACCACAGCCGAUUACCGUUGGUUCGCCGUCCUGUACCUUGUUCUCAUGUUCUUUGUCUUCCCUGCUCUUGUGUUUGGGCUGUCCCUGGCUGGCUGGCAGUACCUGGCUGCGAUAGGAGGCCCCCUGGCCUUUCUGGUUGUUGUAAUUGUUGUCAUUAACGUACUUCAGCACAAGUAUCCAAAGGUUCUGCCAGCCAAGCUGAAGAACUGGGAGUGGCUGCCCCUGUGGAUGCGCUCCCUACAGCCACUCGAUAACUUAAUCACAAAAAUGCUUGCUGUCUUCCGCUGCUGUAAAAAGAGCAGUACAGAACAGCAUGUUAUGUACUUUCCUGUCCAAGUAGAUGUGUCAAAAUUCUUGCAUAAAGUUGACUCUAAAGAGACAGUGUUGUAGCACAAGCUGUGAUUAUUGUAUAAUAACGCACAGGAGUUUGUAAAUAGUUCUCAUUCUUUGACUUAGAUUGUUAAUUUAUUGUAAGUUUUGGUUGCAGUGUUUUGCAACUUGAUAAUGCAAUGCCUUUUUGGGCCAUUGUUAUACCAGCUGCUAGGUAUCUAAGUGACCAAAUUGAAACCUACCACGCUUGUACAGAUGUCAACACCAAAUUAAGUUAAGUGUUAUAUUGAACUGUAGCAGUACAGUAACUUGCGUGGUGUGGUUUACUUGCCUAGUCAGUGGUGCCAAAGUUUUGUACAGUACGCAGAGUUUGUACCUAUUGUACCUAUAUUUUGCCUGCUUGGACCUUUCCACAAGCUCUGUAAAUGUAUAUAAUGUAUGAUGGAAGACAGGGAUAUUGGAUAUUGAGCAUUUCUGCAUGUCUUGAAGUUGCAAACCUUGUACAGUGGAUUUGCUGUGUCCAUUCCACCCAAGAUAGGAACACCUUUGACGUACAGUACCUCUAAGGUAAAAAUGUCUCAAAAUUUUAAUUGUUGCUUUUGGGGAACAUUGUGAAUUGUAUGGCAGGGUUAAUUAGUUGGAAAUCCGAGUUUCUCGAUUUCGAAGUCCGUCCUACGAUUGGAGCUCGGAACUCCUUCAUUACAGGGACCUCUAUGUCAAAGAACCCACCACACUUCUCCACCAAAAUAAGAAGGGUAUCAGUAUUCAAAUCAGUAUGUCGAAUAUACAGCUUGUACUUUACCAUAAUACAUCACUUGUGUGGUCCAAUGGUAUAUAAACUACAAGAACUGGCUUGUACUGAAAUAUCUGGCUAUUAUGUGUUCGUAUCUGGGAUUUUUUAAUAAUGCACAUAUCAUUUUUGUUUUGUACCGCAAAGUUUUAAAAAGGAAAAAAAGAUUAUUUAUUUGUAUUAAAGUGCCGUAUUGAAGUUGAUGUUAUCAGGGAACAAUGAAGAGAUGUUCUAUGUAACUUAAAAGGAAAAAAAAAUAUACCAAAAUGGAACAAUAAA